UACAAGGAUUAGGAUAACAUAGGAACGUCUAGUCACUCUCAGGUGAAUCAGAGAUCAAACUGUCAGUGAUCCAAAGUCCAAACAGAACCUAAAUAUAUGCCGUUGGUUUGGAUGGAAAGAUUCGAAUCUGACGUUAGCAAAUGAGGACGGCAACUGAGCUUGGUGCGGGACUCAUACAUAACGUGAUCUGCCCCCCGAAAAGUGGCGCAUAUAUUCGCACUGAUGCGGUAUACAAUACAUGAUCUGAAGGUUCACACUUCUCAGGACUUCACACCGUUAGAGUGGACAGUUGAGGCCCGAGUCUGAGGAGACGAACAAUUAAUAAAUUAAUUAAUUAACUAAUAAAUGAGUAAUAUGAAUUUGUAUUUGUCGCUCUCCAUUCAAGUCGAUGGCAGUUCAAAGUUCAAAUCCUUUCAUCUCUGUUUCGCUUUCACUCUUCUGAGACUUCUGUUUCUGCCAUGCCUUUUCUAUCUCCAGCUAUUUUGUCGAGCUCCGCGGUUCCUGCUUCUGCCUGAAGGUAUUCUUUUCGAUAUUCCUGCUAUUUUUCUGGGAAGAUAACAUCUAGUGAUGGAUACUUGUAGUUGUAAGACGGUUUGAAAUGGACAAUAAAGCCUCGAAAAUGGCGAACAAGAUGGAGUGCUGGAUUUUCUAGUCUGUUGUUUUAUUGGAAGUUGGAACAGCUGAAGUUAGCGAGAGCAAAUGAAGACUUUCAGCAGAGAUGAAUUUGACUUGGAAGGUGGCAAGGUGGAAAAAGAUAGAGAGAAAAUAAUACGCGGCACCAGGGUAGUAAAAUUUCACAACCAGGCUUUGUUGUCUGGUCUUGCAUAUUGCAUCUCAUCCUGCAGCAUGAUAUUAAUUAACAAGUUUGUCCUGUCCAGCUACGAUUUUAGUGCUGGGAUAUCUUUAAUGCUCUAUCAGAAUCUGGUCUCUGUGGUUGUAGUAUCCAUCUCAAGUGUUUUGGGGAUUAUAUCAACCGAGCCACUGACAUGGAGAUUGAUUCGGGUCUGGUUGCCUGUGAACGUUAUAUUUGUUGGAAUGCUCAUUACAAGCAUGUUUAGUUUGAGAUACAUUAAUGUUGCUAUGGUAACAGUCCUGAAAAAUGUUACCAAUGUGAUCACUGCCGUUGGUGAAAUGUACCUAUUCAAGAAGCAUCAUGAAAGCAGGGUCUGGGCUGCAUUAUUUUUAAUGAUAAUUUCAGCAAUUUCUGGAGGAAUUACGGAUCUUUCUUUUCAUUCUGUUGGCUACAUGUGGCAAAUUAUUAAUUGCUUCUUGACGGCAUCAUAUUCAUUAACACUACGGAGGGUCAUGGAUACGGCGAAGCAAGUCACCAGAUCUGGAAACUUGAAUGAAUUUUCAAUGGUUUUGCUCAAUAACAUUCUUUCAUUGCCUCUGGGGGUUCUGCUUAUAUUUGUAUUCAAUGAGGUGGAUUAUCUCUCUAACACGCCACUUUUGAAGAUGCCCAUGUUUUGGCUGGUGAUGACUUCAAGUGGUCUUUUGGGCCUUGCAAUCAGCUUCACGUCAAUGUGGUUUCUUCAUCAGACUGGGGCCACAACAUAUAGCCUCGUCGGUUCGCUGAAUAAGAUUCCUCUCUCCAUUGCUGGAAUACUUCUUUUCAAAGUCCCAACUAGUCUCGAAAACUGCGCAAGCAUUCUUUUUGGUCUUUUGGCAGGGGUCUUUUUUGCAAAAGCCAAAAUGAGGGGGCGAUCUCAGACCUGAGAUCAAAAUUGUCCCAUAGCUCAAACACUGGUUUUAAGUAUAACUACAGUUUUGCACCCAGUAGUCUCACUGCAUCUGACCCCAUUUGGAUACAGCAACCAGAGUUUUCAAUUAGUCAUCAAAAGGAUUCAAUCAUAAGUUUGGGAGGAAAGAGUUUGUGUUUGAGAUGAAGAAAAGGUCGCAGAUAAUCAGCAGGGUAAGCCUACUCUCUUUUGACUCCUCCCUGGGGUUAUUUGAGUGGGUACUUGUGGAAUGCAUUUCCUCUCUUUUUGGUUUUGCUAAGGACAUGUAAUUAUCUCAAUUUGCAGAAGUUUGCUUUAUGAGGAUCUCUGUUCUGCUGUAUGCUGUGUAGAAAAUGUUUCAAAAUAAUUAAUUUAUGGAGACUGAUAAUGUAUACGAAUGGUCGUGAACCCAGCAAGGUCUGCAAGUGUUUUUUUCCCCCAAAGAGAGCAUAAUUUUGGCUUUGGUGUAGCAGUUAUAUUUUGAUUCAUCUUCUAGGUUUCA